GGGCAAGUUCAUCGUGACGUCAAAUUUCCACCUGUGACCCUGAUCGCCAGAUAUAAAUCCAAGGCCUCCUUAUCUAUCAACAUCAAGAACACACCAAGCAACACAACUACACCACAAUGUCUCCAACCCCCACAGAUACAGCUGCCCCCUUUCAAAACACGAUGCCCUCCCCAACCUUCACCUGGCAAAUCACCCUCGCCGAAAAAAUCAUCGCCAUCACCGGCGCCAACCGCGGCAUCGGUCUCGGCAUCGCCGAAGUCUGUCUCGCCAAUUCCGCCAAAGCCAUCUACUCACUGGACCUGAUGGAACCGGGCGAAGAAACCAUCGCCCUUCAAUCCCGAUUCCCGAAUUUCCGAUAUAUCCACACGGAUGUGACCUCCGAGGAGAGUAUCGAAAAGGCCAUCAACCAGAUCGUGGAGGAAACGGGACGCAUUGAUGGUCUGGUGGCCAAUGCGGGAAUGACUAAACAUCAACCGGCGCUGAAAUUCGAGCGGCCGGAGUUGGAACGCAUGUUUAAUCUUAAUGUAUUCGGCGCGUAUUUCUGUGCGCAGAUCGUCGCGAGAAAGUUCAUCGAGCUGGGUAUUAAGGGCUCGAUUGUUAUGACGUCUAGUAUGACGUCUUAUCGUCCGAAUCGCGCUGCCCCCUCUGCACCGUACGGCGCUACCAAAGCCGCAGUCCGAAACAUGUGUCAUACCUUGGCAAUGGAGUGGAGUAAACACGGCAUCCGCGUGAAUAGCAUCUCCCCCGGUUUUGUCCGCACUGCCAUGACAUAUUACAUCGAGAGUUCUCCAGACUGGGAUGCUAAAAUGGAAAACUACGGCGGGAUGCCUCGGCUGGCUGAUCCGCGUGAGUUAGGAGGCGCGUAUGUGUAUCUGCUUAGCGAUAGUAGUUCGUAUACCACUGGUAUUGAUAUUCCUAUCGCGGGGAUUGUUGGGGCUUGGUAGGUAGGAUGUUUGCAUUGGUUGGGUUGGCGUUGAUUAUCCACCACCACCACCACGAUAACCUGCGGAAGCAUACAUACAUACAUACAUACAUACAUACAUACGCAAAAUUACG